UGGCUCGGCCACACUUAUUUUCAGUAGCAAGGAACACAGUUUUUUUUAAGUUUGUCCAAAACUUUAAGAAUUUGUAAGAGUGAAAAGCGGUGGCGUAAAAAAUUGGCGAGGAACAUCGGCCAACUGCUUCGCGUAGCGUGCCAUAUUGAUUUCUGCGAGGCAAUUUCAACGCCGCUCCGUAAAAGAGACUCGCAGACCAACGCAUACACGCACACCCACGGAAAACAAUUUUCCGAAGGUAAUUAUAUUGAAUCGGACGGCGAUAGCGACCAAUUGCAAUGGCAGAACGCGAACGCAGCAUACAUGAGAUGCUGAAAGAUGCGCCCUCGCUGAACGACAGUUGCGGGCCAGUCCACACGGGCACCGAAGGUGGGAGCAUGGUCAUCGGAAGCGCUAGUAGCCACAGUAUUGCUGGAGGAGCCGGUGUUAUUGGCGUUGGAGGCGGUCCCUUCAGUCCACCCAACAGUUUGCCAUUAAGGAACCAUUCAGCACCCACCACACCGAUGUCGCCCACAAGUCCAUCGCCUUCUGGUAAUGGGAUUCUGAGCCCUACGGACAGCGGUAGCCUCAUACGCACGAGCGCCUCCAAGAUCGACAGUAUUAAAAACUGGAGCAUAUCCACGUACAAGUGCACCCGACAAAUAAUGCUUGAGAAGCUGGGAAAGUCACAGCGCACCGUUGACUCGGAGCUGGAGGCGCAAAUCGAACAGCUGCGCGAGACGCAGCGCAAGUAUCUGUCCAUUUUACGACUAACUCGAGCUUUUAGCUCCCACUUUCAACACGUGGUCGUCACCCAGCACGCCCUGGCCGAUUCAUUCGCGGAUCUGGCACAGAAGAAUCCAGAGUUGCAAAAGGAAUUCACCUGCAACUCGGAGACGCAGCGAAACCUGACCAAAAAUGGCGAGCUGCUUCUCAAUGCGCUUAAUUUCUUCAUAUCGUCGGUGAAUACACUGUGCAAUAAGACAAUCGACGACACCCUGCUGACGAUACGACAGUACGAGACCGCCAGAAUCGAAUUCGAUGCCUACCGUAUGGACUUGGAGAAUACUAAGCCCGAGCUGACGCCCUCGGCUGCCGCUUUGGAGGAGACUCAACGAAGUUAUGCGCAGCAUAAAGAGCAGUAUGAGAAACUGCGUUCAGACGUGGCCGUAAAAAUGCAAUUCUUAGAUGAGAAUCGCAUCAAAGUGAUGCACAAGCAACUGAUUCUGCUCCACAAUGCUAUUGCUGCGUAUUUCUCAGGAAAUGCCAUGGCACUGGAAAGCACCUUGAAGCAGUUCAAUAUCAAGCUUAAAUCGCCGAAUAACGUUAGCGGAUCCUGGCUGGAACAGUAGUGUCCGCCUUUAGCCCUCGAGUUUCAGACGGCAUUUAUGCGCAUUCAACAGGGAGAAGUCACUUUCCUCUACCACUUGCUGAACGAGCACGCUCUCUAAAAGAAUUCUAAUCAGAGAAAACCCAAGCCGAAUUGUAUAUCCAAUCCAUUGGACGAAUCGUAACCACAUUUACGUGCUAAGUUUAAGUCUAAUUCCUAAAUCGUAAGCAGAAAGGUGGUAACUGUCUAUUAUGCAUAUUUUUUUAUUAGUACUUUUCGCCCUGUAUGACAUGUAAUGUAUUACUCACAUUUCCAGCCGCUCUGUCAGCCACAGUUCCUUUUACUUAUGUUUCUAAAUUGUCAUAUCCUUUAGAGAACUUAUGGCGCUUAAAAACAUCAACCGAAAAGUGUUUAGUCCACUUUAUGUAUUAACGUGGGUUUCAGUUCUAGAUAUUGUAAAAUAUAAAUUAUUUGUAAUUCACCCCAA